CUGACCGUUUUCGAUACCAGCAUUUGUGAGCCAAUGUCAGUUUAUGGCCGCUUCAAGCAGGCUGUUUAUGGAAUAAGAUUUCGUCGCGAUGGCAAAUUAAUGGGUAUGUUUUGCUCUAUAAAAAUUGUAAAAGUUGUGUCACUUGAGCAGCCUCUGAGGAGAGCUAAUGUACCUACAUCGGACGGAGGAUAG